AUGUCAGAUGCACGCCACAGACGUCACGCAACCAAGCAGCCUUCAGGUGUUCAACACGAACCAUCUGCCCCAAGCCGAUCGAGCAAGCCAGUCUCCCAGAGCAGAAGAAACCUCGUCGUGGUGUUCCUGUUGCCAUUGGUCUUUGGAUGCCUGCUGCUUUAUUACCGUCCACGGACUCCGCCGGCCGCCCCAGAGACCUCGACAUCAAAUACCUUCAACCGAUAUCCUCUCCCCGCCCUGCCAUGGGAGUCUGGCGCACGAUCAGCCAUCAAGAAAGCAAUCAAAAACUCGUGGCGAGCUUAUGCGGAUAGUUCUGCCUGGGGAUGCGAUGAAUUUCAUCCCAUCAGUCAAACGGGAACUAACCUAACCAAGGCUGGAUCGAUUGGCUUCUUUAUUGUUGAUGUAAUCGAUACCAUUUUACUAACCGGUGAAAUGGAAGAGGACUAUCAGCGUGCGAGGCAGUACAUCGAGAGAGAUUUGAGUUUUGAUGUUGAUGGUGACCUGAACGCGUUCGAAACGACAAUCAGAAUACUUGGUGGUCUUUUAUCGGUUUAUCACCUGUCAGGCAACGAUACCAUCUACUUGGAGAAAGCUGUCGACCUGGGAACUCGGCUCUUACCAAUCUUUGAUUCGCCCACUGGAAUUCCAUAUUCGUUUAUCAAUCUUAAGACUGGCGAAGCCAAGGCAGAUAAAGAUAAUCGAGGAUACAGUAGCCUGGCAGAGGCAACCACCAUACAGCUUGAGUUUAAAUAUCUAGCCGAAUUGACUCAGAAACGCGUCUUUUGGGACGUCGCUGAGAGGGCCAUGGGCGUCUUCAAACAGGCGGAGAGCUACAAUGGUCUCUUCCCCAUUCUAGUUUCUCCUGAGGAUGGCUCCUUUUUUUAUGAAAUUCGACUGGGCUCCCGUGGGGAUUCGUAUUAUGAAUACUUGAUUAAACAGUAUCUUCAAACGAACCGCACUCAAGAGGUAUACAGGGAAAUGUAUGAUAACGCUAUGACAGGAGUGAAAGAAGAAUUGGUCCGUGAAACUCCUCGUGGGAUGGUGUAUGUUGGCGAACUUCAUCCCAGCGGGAAAUCUUACACCUUUGCGCCAAAACAAGAUCAUUUGGUUUGUUUCUUAGGGGGAUUACUACUCUUAGGAGUCACAGAAGGGGAUCGAACAUUAAAGGAUCGUGAUGUAAUGGCCUUACGAGACCCGGAACAAGAAGAUUGGAUGCUGGGAAAAGAGCUAAUUAAGUCUUGCGUGAAUACCUACGAGCUGGCAGCGACCGGGUUAGGACCAGAAAUCGUCCAUUUUAUUAACCGACCAGAGGAGUAUGAAAAGACGAAACAGAGAGAUUGGCGUAUUCCUCAUUACAACCCUCGAUCCCCACCUCUGGAUGCUCGUAACAUUCUAAGGCCCGAAACAGUAGAAUCAUUAUUUCUGGCGUGGAGAGCAACCAAGGACCCAGUAUAUCGUGAAUGGGGAUGGCAAAUAUUCCAAGCCUUUGACGAGCAUUGUAAAAUCAAAGCCACGGGUGCAUUUGCUUCCAUCAAAGACGUGGAUCAGAUACCCGUUGAAAUGGAGAAUAAAAUGGAAACCUUUUGGCUUGCCGAGACAUUGAAAUACCUUCUUCUGCUAUUCUCGGAUGAUUCAUUAAUACCUUUAAACUCUCAUGUUUUUAACACGGAAGCACACAUUUUCCCGAUCUUCACCCCUAGCUUCAGCUCGGUUGAAGAUUAA